AUGCAAUCAGUUGUGGAGUUUUUCCAUGACAGUGACACUUUCUCAGAUCUGCAACAGCCCAGCUUCCAAGAUCCUUUUGUCAUCAUCAGAAUAUGUUUAAUCCACGGAAACACGGGGGUAGCGAUAGUCCUGCUCCUCAAAAAAGGCAAUGCUCGGCUACGGCAAAGGCCGGCGUUCGGGGCGGUGGGUUGCGGCCGGCUGGGCCAGGCCGAGGGCCCCGCGGAGCCGCCCCCUCGCCUCCCACUCACCCUUCGCUGCCGCGACAGCGGCUCCCAGCCGGGCACCGAGCGGACGGGCCGAGACCCCCGCGCACCCGCUGCCGCCUCCGGGGAUCGCCCCGUCAAGCGGGACGGGGGGAGCGGCGCGGCGCAGCCCAGCCCAGCCCAGCCCCUCGGCGGCGGCUGGCGGGAAGGGGAAGAGGAAAAACAGACAAAACCACGCCGGCCGCCGGAGGUGCGGCUGUGGAGGCCCGCCGGAGCUUGGAGGGGCCGGGAAGGAGCACCGUACAGCACGCUGGUGCCAUCUGACGAAGUAACUAUUAAUUACAGACAUGGUCUUCCUGUGAUAACUCUUACGCUGCCCACAAGAAGUGAACGCUGUCGGUUCACAGUUAAGCCAAUGGUGACCACCGUAGGGACAUUCCUGCAGGAUGUGCAGAGAGAAGAUAAAGGAAUUGAGAGAGCGGAAGUCUUUGCAACAGAUGGUAGCAAGGUCUCUGAUGCAACCUUGAUGGAGGUCUUGUUGAUGAAUGACUUUAAACUUGUUAUCAACAACACAGCAUACAGUGUGUCACCUCCUGUAAAAGAUAAGCUGAGUAGUGAGCAUGCUACUGAAAUGGAAGAUAUCAAAUCCUUGGUUCACAGAUUGUUUGUGGCUCUACAUUUAGAAGAUCACCAGAUGAGGAAAGAGAAAGAAUUGCUACAGAAACUGGACCAUCUGAAAGAAGAGCUGCUGCCUCUUGAACAGAUGAAAGCCAGAAUCACGGACAGUGCAGAUGCAAAGACCUCCAGGCUUCUAUGGGUUGGCUUAGCUCUGAUGUCAACACAAGGGGGAGCGUUGGCGUGGCUCACGUGGUGGGUCUACUCGUGGGACAUCAUGGAGCCGGUCACAUACUUCAUCACUUACGGGAGUGCCAUGGCUUUCUACGCCUACUUUGUUCUUACUAAACAGGACUACAUUUAUCCUGAUGCUAAAGACAGGCAAUUCCUCCACUACUUCUAUCGGAAAUCCAAAACCCAGCAUUUUAAUGUGGAACGGUAUAACAAGCUCAAAGAAGACCUAGCAGAGGCAGAAGAAUCCCUGAGGCGUCUGCGCCAACCUCUGCACUUGAGGCUUCCAAUCCAGGAAAUCAAUGACAAGGACUGACUUUGGUUUUGUAUAUAUUAGAAUUGCCCUUUAAAAGCUGAUAUAAACAUUUAGUUACUCUACAGAAACUGGGUAUUUUUGACCACUAUAUAGUUUUGAAAGUUGCAAUAAAUACCUACAAAAAUUAUUUGA